GAAAAAAGAAGCAGCCCGACGUUGCUAGCUGAAUUGGAGAGAGAGGUGUAAGUUGUUAGUGCAGCAGAACAUCAGCUCUAAUGAUGUAUUUACACCUUAAACACUGCGAACUCAUUGAGGGAUCAAAACGCCAGUAUUUACAUGCUGUGAGUGAUUGGUAGACCAAGAUGCAACUGCUUCUGCGCACGGGUCAUGGAGAAAGCGAUAAAAUCAACAGGGUGCGAAGGGAACACACCUCCACUGAAUUAUUUAAGAACUAUACAGAAUAACAAAGAGCAAAAUAUAGAGAUCUCCAGCAAAGACAACAGAGCUGUAGGCUUUGUGUUGGUCCAUGCAGGGGCAGGUUAUCAUUCUGAAUCCAAAGCCAAGGAGUAUAAACAUGUGUGCAAAAGAGCCUGUCAGAAAGCUAUGGAGAGGUUGAGAGAUGGUGCUAUGGCAGUGGAGGCAGUGACUGCAGCUCUUAUAGAGCUAGAGGAUUCACCCUUUACCAAUGCUGGUACGGGCUCCAAUCUAAACCUGGUUGGGGAUAUAGAAUGUGAUGCCAGCAUCAUGGAGGGAAAGUCAUUAGAUUAUGGAGCAGUUGGUGCUUUAAGUGGAAUUAAGAAUCCAGUAUUGGUGGCCAGAACGCUAUUGAAUGAAGCACAGAAAGGGAAGCUUUCAGCUGGAAGAAUUCCUCCUUGUUUUUUAGUUGGAAUUGGAGCGCAACAGUGGGCUGUUAGUCAUGGUAUACCUCCAUGUCCUUCAGAGAAGAUGGCCACCAAGUGUAGCUUGUCAGCAUACAAAAGGAAUAAACGAAAGAUGGAGAUGGCAGAGAAGAUGGAACCAGAACUUAACUCUCUUAAGAGGCGACGACAAUCAAGUGGAACUGUAAAUGAAAUGGUAGAUUUAGAGGAGCCUUCGUCCCUGGACACAGUUGGAGCUGUUGUCGUGGAUCAGCAAGGGAACGUUGCAGCCGCUGUCUCUAGUGGAGGUUUAGCUAUGAAACACCCAGGGCGAGUGGGCCAGGCUGCUCAGUAUGGAUGUGGCUGUUGGGCUGAAAAUGCACAUGAUGAUCGACCUUAUUCUACAGCCGUGAGUACCUCAGGAUGCGGAGAGCAUCUGAUGCGGACCAUGUUAGCUAGAGAGUGCUCUACAGCUAUGCAGGCUGACAACGCUCAUCAGGCACUCCUGGAGGCUAUGCAAAACAAGUUUAUUGGGUCACCAUUUUUGGCCAGUGAGGAUGGUGUUCUAGGUGGCAUAAUUGUUCUGAGAUGCUGUAGAUGUGGAGAGGACCACAGCACUGGCAGUAUGCAGGCAUUACUGGUGGAAUUUCUGUGGACUCAUACUACGGAGAGUAUGUGUGUGGGAUACAUGUCUGCAAAUGACAGGAAAGCUAGGGCUCAUAUAUCUAGGCUGCCUCCUGGGGCUCUGGCAGGGCAGUCACUGGCAAUUGAAGGUGGAGUAUGUCGUCUAGGAGGUGCGAGAGACUGAUCAGAGUAAAUCACUUAAAAAUAAAUAAAUAAAUAAAAAGCAAUAUGCCUCUGCUAAAGUCAUUAUUGACAAGUGUGGGGAAUGUGGCAUCAAUAGCAAUAUGCCUAUGUGAUAGUCUGGGGAAUUUAGUAUCAUUUUAACAUAAGCCACAUCUUGCUAACUUUGAUCACAUUUUUAACAUUUUAGUCUUAGUUUCUUUUUAAUAUUCCACAGCGCUACAGAAUGAACAGGAAUAUAAUAAGAUAAUAAAAUAUAACGUAUACACUGAUCAGCCAUAACAUUAAAAUCACUGACAAGUAAACUGAAUAAAAUCCGUUGUUACAGUGGCACCCUUCAUGGGGCGUGGGGGGGGGGUAUUAGGCAUUAUCAAGCGGGCUAGUAUAAGAAUCUGAGCGACUAUGACAAGGGUCAAAUUAAGAUGACUAGCCGACUUGGUCAGAGCAUCCCUAAAACGACAGAUCUGGUGUGGUGCACCAAGGAUUUAGUGGUUCAAUGACCGAUGAACAAGUGACAGGGUCAUGGGUCCCCAAAGCUGACUCAUGAGAGUGAAGGCUAGCCUGUCUUGCCUGAGCCCACAGAAGAUCCACUGUAGCACAAAUUGAUUAAAAAAAGUUAAUGCUGGCUCUGAUAGAAAAGGAUCGGACACGCAGUCCAUCACAAAUUGCUGUUCAUGGAGCUUUGUAGCCUUGUACUGAUCAGAACGCCUAUGCUGUUCACUGUCGCAGAAUCCCUACAAUGGGCACAUUAGCAUUUAAACUGGACCAUGGAACAAAGUCGAAAAAGGUGGCCUUGUCCGAUAAAACCUAUUUUCUUUGCAUCUCGCUUACCUGGGUAAAGAUUUUACACCAGAAUACACAUGCAAAAAAGGCCAAGCCAGCAGCAGUAGAGUGAUGCCCACGACAAUGUUCUGCUGGGAAACCUUCAGUCCCGGUAUUCAUGUCACUUGUCAUGUUUACACGUUCCACAUAACAAUGUUUUUUGCUAAUAAAGUACACCCAUGGCAGUGCUCCUCCCUAAAGACAGUAGCCGUUCUGUAGGAUAAUGCACUUUGCUGUGCUGCAAAAAUGUUUCAGUAAUGGUUUGAGCAAUAUAACAGUGAGUCCACGUGGUCACCUUGGCUCAACCUGCCUUAAAAUUUCCAAGAUUUAAAUGUAACAGAGCAUUUAUGUAACCUGCUGGGCAAACCAGUCUAACCCAUGUAUCUGCUGCUGAAGUCUUGAUGCCGCACACACAGCACACCCUCUAAGGUAUUGUGGAGUCCACGCGUUUGUCAGAUCUGUAUUGAUUGCACAGGGAGGACCUACACAUUAUACUGUAAAGCAGGUGGUUUUUAUGUUGUUGCAGAUUGGUGUAUAUGAAUUACAGCUGUUCAUUUUGGGAGCAUGCCAGCAACAUGAAAAUAAACAGGAUUGAAUCGUUGAAUAAGCUUAACAAAAAAAUUCAAGCUGCUGCUCACGUUUUGCACAGAUAAAUUGUAAAUGUAUUUCUUCUAUGUAUCAUACAAUCCAUAUUUAAAUAAUUUUGCUUUGCGCUGUUAUUAAAUAAACUAAAAUGAACCAUACAACAUCUUGACCAAAGCUUAUUCUGACUAUUGCGAAAUUGCUUUAGGGCAUCUUUGAAUUGUUAUUAUGAGCAUUGUUUCCAUAAGGUACUAUGGAUCAUAAAUGCACCUUAUCAGUUUCUGUUCUGUUGAUACUUCCAUUUGUCUGGGAAUAGUUUAACAAAAUCAUCACAUACAACAUUAAAUCGUGCUAUUGUUUGUCUAUUAUUACUUGUAUCUGUUGCACAAAUUAACUUUUGGAAGCUAAUGUCAAAGAGUUCUCGCAGUAGUAUAAUAUUUUGGUAAAAUAUUUGCUGUGACUGUAACUUUUCCUGUAUGUGUUGUUGAGCAGGGAAAUACCUUUAGAAAGCAUGACAUGAAUGUGCUAAUUGUUCUAGAAAUUAAAAUUGCACUAUUUUUGUAUCAAAUCUGGUGUAAUGUAUGCUAUACAACUUUUACAUGUAUUUUGGUGCAGUGGAAUUUUAUUUACAUAUCAUGGUUUAAUGUAAGAAAUUAUAAUGUCAUAAUAUCUGUUAGAUUCAAUGCUAUACAUCAAGCUAUCAGUCAUUGCCAAUAUUUAUUAAUUUUCAUCUUCAUUAAUGUUUCUAAACUACUACAUAAAGGCAUGUUAAGCUUUAAAAAUGAAAUAUGUAAUAUAAAAUGCUUUGUUUUCAUAUUGCCAGAAUACAAUUAACAGUCUUUGUAAAAGUGUAUUUGCAAAGCUUUGACCUAUAGUUUGUCCUUAUUGUGUUAUUUUUUUCCCUUUACCAUGCUUUCUAAUAUAGUGAAAUAAAUUUUAGCCUU